AUGCUUUACAUUCACCGCUUCUCAAUUUUCGAUAAUCCUGAGGUUUCUAAAGAAGAUAAAAUUUCACAAUCAGACUUCCACCAACCCUUGCAAGAGGGUCAAGGGGACAUAACUUUAUCUCAAUUACGUGCAGAUAUAGAGGAGAAUAAGUUAAAAUUAUCAGAAAUGAGAGAUCGACAAUCUUCUAAAAAUUUUUAUGGAAAAAUAUUAACCAUAUUUAUUUGCUUGAUACUUAUAUUUUUAUUUUAUCGAAUUCUCCGAUUUGAACAUGUUUUCAACCAGUGGAAGGAUAUGGAGAAAUACGGUUCGUAAGGAACAAAAAUCACAAGGAAAACUCUGAGAGCAAAAAAGGG